GUGUUAGAAAACUAUUCAGAUGCUCCAAUGACACCAAAACAGAUUCUUCAGGUCAUAGAGGCAGAAGGACUGAAGGAAAUGAGGUUUGUAUUGCUCUCUGGGACAUCCCCUCUUGCCUGCCUCAAUGCCAUGCUACAUUCCAACUCAAGAGGAGGAGAAGGGCUAUUUUAUAAAUUACCUGGCCGAAUUAGUCUUUUCACACUCAAGAAGGAUGCUGUGCAGUGGUCUAGAAAUGUAGCUGCAGUGGAUGGAGAAGAGCCAGAGGACUCAGCUGAUGUGGAAAGCUGUGGAUCUAAUGAAGCCAGCACUGUGAGUGGUGAAAAUGAUGUAUCUCUAGAUGAAACAUCUUCAAAUGCAUCCUGUUCUACAGAGUCUCAGGGCCGGCCUCUUUCCAAUCCUAGGGACAGCCACAGGGCUUCCUCACAGGCAAACAAACAAAAGAAAAAGACUGGUGUCAUGCUGCCUCGUGUUGUCCUGACUCCUUUGAAGGUAAACGGGGCCCACGUGGAAUCUGCAUCAGGGUUCUCAGGCCGACAGGCGGAUGGCGAGAGUGGCAGUCCAUCCAGCAGCAGCAACAGCUCCCUGGCCUUAGGCAGCACUGCCAUUCGAGGCCAGGCUGAAGCCACCCGGGACCCUGCCCCUCUCUUGAGAGGCUUCCGAAAGCCAGCCACAGGUCAGAUGAAGCGCAACAGAGGGGAAGAGGUAGAUUUUGAGACGCCUGGGUCCAUUCUUGUUAACACCAACCUCCGUGCUCUGAUAAACUCUCGGACCUUCCAUGCCCUGCCAUCACACUUCCAGCAGCAACUCCUCUUCCUCCUGCCUGAAGUGGACAGACAGGUGGGGACAGAUGGCCUGUUGCGCCUCAGCAGCAGUGCACUCAAUAAUGAGUUUUUCACCCAUGCAGCUCAGAGCUGGCGGGAACGCCUUGCUGACGGCGAAUUCACUCAUGAGAUGCAAGUCAGAAUAAGACAGGAGAUGGAGAAGGAGAAGAAGGUGGAACAAUGGAAGGAAAAGUUCUUUGAAGACUACUAUGGACAGAAAUUGGGUUUGACCAAAGAAGAAUCACUGCAGCAGAAAGAAGGCCAGGAGGAGGCCAAAAUCAAGAGUGGCUUGUGUGUCCCAGGAGAAUCAGUACGGUCACAGCGUGGGCCCACCACCCGUCAACGGGAUGGGCAUUUUAAGAAACGUUCUCGACCAGAUCUCCGAACCAGAUCCAGAAGGAAUCUGCACAAAAAACAGGAGCCAGAACAAACAGGGGUUUCUAAGGAUGCAAAUUCUGCACCAGAUGUUUUGCUCUCCAAAGAUGGGGUUGCUAAGACCGAUUCAGCAGGGGUGAGCUGUCCCUCUGGGCCAGAUGUCUCCUCUGCAGCAUCUGGACAGGACGGACCCAAGCGUCCCAGGGAACCUGUGGCUUCCCGGAUCCAAGCAGAAGCAGACAACUUGGCAUGUGCCUCUGCAUCUCCAGACAGAAUCCCUGCCUUACCUCAGGACACUGCGGAUCAAGAGACAAAGGAGCAGAAGAGGAAAUCCUUUGAGCAGGCAGCCUCUGCAUCCUUUCCCGAAAAGAAGCCACGGCUUGAAGAUCGUCAGUCCUUUCGUAACACAAUUGAAAGUGUUCACACCGAAAAGCCACAGCCCACUAAAGAGGAGCCCAAAGUCCCGCCCAUCCGGAUUCAACUUUCACGUAUCAAACCACCCUGGGUGGCUAAAGGUCGGCCCACUUACCAGAUAUGUCCCCGGAUUGUCUCCAUCACAGAGCCCUCCUGCCGGGGUUGGACUGGUGCCAGGACCCUCGCAGACAUUAAAGCCCGUGCUUUGCAGGCCCGAGGGGCAAGAGGCCACCACUGCCAUCGAGAGGCGGCCACCACUGCCAUCGGAGGGGGGGGUGGCCCGGGUGGAGGUGACAGUGGGGCCAUCGAUGAGGGAGGUGGCAGAGACAGCGGCAGUGGUGAUGGUGGUGAGGCCUGUGGCCACUCUGAGCCCAGGGGAACCCCAAGCACCCCUGGAGAGAGUGCGUCAGAUCUACAGCGAACACAACUACUGCCGCCUUGUCCAUUGAAUGGAGAGCACACUCCGCCUGAAGCUGCCAUACCCAGAGCCAGAGGAGACCCGGCUUCGCUCAGAAAAGAAGAGAGCUGCCUGUUGCAAAGGGUCCCAGCUGUGCUUACGAGUGGGCUGGAAGAUGCCUCCCAACCCCCUAUUGCUCCCACUGGAGACCAGCCAUGCCAGGCUUUGCCCCCUCUGUCCUCCCAAACUCCAGUAGCUGAGAUGUUAGCAGAGCAGCACAAGUUGCUUCUAGAUGGUAGAACUGAGUGUGAGUCUGGUACCACUUGCCAGGAGAGGGUUAGUGAGGAUCAAGGAUCCAGUGUUUCCUCAGAGAGCGCUUCUCUUCCGUCUCCAUUGGGAGACAUGUUAGGAGGAAAUAGCCAGGCCUUUGAUAGUAAUCCCAGUAUGAAAGAGCCUAUAAAUGUCACACCUGCUUUUAUAUCUGAAUUAUCAUUGGCUACCUACCUACAGGAUAGACCUGCUGAUGAUGGGUUAGGACUUGGUGCCACAGGCACCCUCCUCGUAAGGAAAAGUGGUAGACAAGAAACUUUGAAAACUGAGGCUUUUGCAUCUGAUAGUGCUGCCUCCUGGGUACCUAUUCUGUCAAAUUACGAGGUAAUGAAAGAGUCUGAGCCAGAAUCCAGAAAAGAUGCUGCCAUGCCUGGGGAAUUGGCAGCCACAGAAGGUAUGCCCCACCCUGAGAGCUGUGCCUCAGUCUGGACAGCGCCUCCUCCAGGAGUCACCAGUCCAGGCACUGGCAGUGAUGGCGAGCAGGUGGGCCUUGAAAGACUGGAAAUGAAUGGCAUCUCUGAAGCACCGAGCCCUCACAGUGAAUCCACAGAUACAGCCUCUGACUCUGAAGUCCACCUUGCUGAGGACAGCAGUGAGGUUGAUGCAAGAAGUAUAGCCACAGCGGCAAGGGCGUUGUUGGGCAGGAGUGAAAAGCAGGACUGGGACCCCUCCUCCUCACUCUCCAAGGCAAGCAGUGACCUAAGUGUCCUCACAAGGACAGAAGGGGUAGCUGCUUCUCAGAGCUGGGUGUCCAGAGUGUGUGCAGUCCCCCACAAGAUCCCAGAUUCCCUGUUGCUGUCCAGCUCUGAGUGCCCACCUAGGCCUGCUUCUUCAGUGGAGGUUAGCAACCCACUCGUGAUGCACCUGCUGCACGGUAGCUUGCCCCUGGAGAAGGUGCUUGCUCCAGGCCGCAGAGGCAGCCGGCCAGAGUCCCCACAGCUGCCCCUCGGAGAGCAGAGCCAGGAUAGAGGCACUCUACAAGGUUCCGGGGACGACAAUCACCUAGUUGCCAGAAGCAGCCCCGGUUCUGCACAGGCACUGAAAGAGUCUCUUAUGGCCCAGAGCUAUGCAUCAAGUGCUACUCUUGGCAGGGCAAAGGCCUCCCAGGCUCCUGGAGUGCCCCAGAAGAUUGCCAAGAUGGUUCCAAGUUUAGACUCCCAGCAUCCAAUGACAGAACUGAUCCCUUCCUCUGGCAACCUGGAAGAAAUAGAUUCCAAAGAGCAUUUCUCUUCCUUCCUUUGUGAAGAGCAGAAAGAAGCCCAUUCCCUGUCCCAAGGCAGUGCUCCAGGUGCUGCCCCAGGCCAGUGUCCAGGAGAUCACUCUACCUCCAAAGUGCCGUGUUUCUCCUCUGCAGAUGUGAGCCUCUCCUUUGGUCCUGAGCAGACAGAAAGGACCCGGAGUGAUCAGAGCAGUGUCAGUGGUCAAGAGAAGAAACUGUUCGGUUCUAGGAAUUCGGUUGCCACCCUUCAGUGCCCCAGAUCUGAAGAGCAGACGCCGCCACCUGCUGAGGUCCCUCCAGUGUUUCCCAGUCGGAAGACAGAACCAAGCAAAGACUCUGAUGGUGUGCAGACUGCAAGGGAAGACUGGACACCCAAACCACCGCCUGUCUCUGCUGGCAGCAUCAAGACAGAACAGACAUUCUCAAGGGGCCCCACUAAGGCAGAUGCAGAGAACAGGAAAGCCACUGGGUACAGUCCUCUGGAACUAGUGGGUCACUUGCCAGGGAUGCCUUUCGUUGUGGACCUGCCUUUCUGGAAGUUCCCCAGAGAGCCAGGGAAAGGGCUCAGCCAGCCACCGGAGCCUUCCUCCAUUCCCUCCCAACUCGGCAUCAAGCAGGCGUUCUAUGGGAAGUUUUCUAAACUCCAGCUGAGUCCCACCAGCUUUAAUUAUUCUUCCAGCUCUGCCACCUUUCCCAAAGGCCUUGCUGGCAGUGUGGUGCAGCUGAGCCACAAAGCCAGCUUUGGUGCGGGCCAUACCGCAUCAGUCUCCCUGCAGAUGUUCGCUGACAGCAGUGCAGUGGAAAGCAUCUCUCUGCAGUGCGCGUGCAGCCUGAAAGCCAUGAUCAUGUGCCAAGGCUGCGGGGCGUUCUGCCAUGACGACUGCAUUGGACCCUCAAAGCUCUGUGUAUUGUGCCUUGUGGUGAGAUAAUAAAUUAUGGCCAUUGGAAACAUUGUACAUUCAGUGUGUGUAUUUUAAUAAUGGUUGAUUUAAGUCUGUACACAGAAUAUCAUUGAUACAAUGAACUCUAUAUGUAGGUGAGAUUAAUCUUGCCUCCUAAAAUUUAUAGUGCUGAAACCCUCUGUCUUGAGACCCUUCUAGUCUUGCUGGAAGGGUUUUUCAGGGGAGCGGGGGACUGUGGUUGCCCAAGACCAUCCAGCCUGAACCCUCUUGCAGUCAGGCAGUACAGUGUGGCAGGGCAACCUGUCUUGCACCCAAAUGGACUUGAAAUUGGAGCAGGAAGGUUGAGUUCUCAUGGAUGCAGCUUACCUGCCUGAAGUAAGCAGGAAUGUCAGUCUUCCACUCCCCCUCCCUGCCAUCUGCUACUUUGCUUGGGGAAUUGAUGGUUGCAGAAGCCACACAGGGUUAAAGUAGCUUCUUUCAUCAUUGCCCACCAGGGGAUCAAACAUCCGCUGACCUUGACGUCAUGUUUUUGUCAUUUGCCAGUGAUGGAGCCAAGUUGACCUUUGGUUCUGGUGCUUCACCCAGUUUGGAACUUUUAAUUUGUCUGUAACCCACGGAUCCACAGAUUCUCUUGGAAGCUUGAAUAGCCCUUCUUGGACAAUGGGGUCUGGAAAUAGGGCUGUCUGCUAUGGAAAUGCUGUCUGUAGACCUUGAGUCAACGUACAGAUGUUUGCAGGUGACUCCUGCUUGCCGCCCACCCCGUCGCAUUUGACUCAGUGGGAGUGGGCACCCAUGCACCUGUGUGUGAAAUCAUCUGGCAUUUCCAAGCAGUCUGUUUCUUAUUUUUAUAUUUUCAACUCUGUUCUUGGAUGUAUAAAGUGAACUUCCUGGCUUCUGUAAGUAUGCUCUCUGCACCUCUAAUGUUUUAUCCUGUAUUUAUAUGUUGUCCACAGUACCGGCCAAUUCUGUAAAUGGAUGCAUUGUACAGAGAACACGAACGUCUCUUCCUUAUUGUACGUCUUCAGCAGCCUUGAUUAAAAUGGUGUCAUACACUUCUGUGCACCAGUUGUCAACGCCACUGAGUGCUGUGCUGCCUGAUGGGAGAAGGAAGUUACUGACUAGUGACCUAUGGUUGGCCCUGUGCCUUGUCACCUGUCACCAGGGAAUCUACCACAGUCUGCAGCGCCACAGACAGCUGCUCACAUACCACUGAGCGAACAUGUCUUGUUCCUUGUAUCUAUUCUCUUCCAGCCUUGGGUGGCUGCUCUGCAGCCAUAUGUGACAAAUCGCCAUCACCAGUGUUGAGUGCUUCUGGAUUCAUGGGUGAGUUCCUUGGGCGGCCCCCAGACAGGCCUUCUGGAUCUGGCUCCAGGGUCGUCACCUGUCAAAGCAAUAUUGGGGAUCGCUAGGCUCCUUUUGACUUACUUAAAGUAGGUUUCAGGGGAACAAAGCCAUGCCUGCUGCCUGCCUCUCUCUUACCACAGUUGCGUCAAGUAGACACUCUUGUAUUUGUCUGACCUCAUCCCAGUUCCUGCCCUGUUUCUUGUAUCUUUACUUGAAAGUUGGGAGUCCUUGUCUAAUUUAGGUCUGUCUCCUUGUGUGUCUGUUUCUGUAUGAAGUAUAGAAAUUGGUGUGCCUUGAGCGAGUCUCAUUUUCUCUGUAAGCUACCUCUUUCACCAUUUCAUCUGAGGUGGCUGUCUUUAUUUUUAUUUCUGCGGGGGGGGGGGUCAUUCAUCAAGUGUGAGUGAGGAGUUGGUAGUGAUGUGAUUUAAAUUCAGUAUUGGCCAAGUCCAUGUUGUGUGCUCAGAAGUCUCUACCAAAGACCAGGAGCAGGAGCCACGUAUGUCCAGUCCUCCUCUUCUGAAACCACUGAGGUCUCAGAGGUGAAACUUGACAAUGGUCUGGUCCAUGGGGCUGCUCAGAAAAGCGCUGCUCUUGUCUGUCUCAUUGGUAUUGGAAAAAUAAACCUGUACAACCUG